AUAAGAAUGAAACCAAAACGAGGAAUGUUAUUUUAUUUAUUAUUUUAUUCUUGUCGUCGGUGACGGUUGCGUAAGCAACACAGUAACAAAGAUGGAGAACCCGCCUGGCUUUUACCGGAUAAUGUCUCUCCGUCUGUCCAGGGCGUUAAGCGACAUUGGCGUCAACAGGUGGAUGGUGAGGAGAAGAAGGAGAACUUUUCUCAUGAUAGAGGCGAGCGAGACGAUCAACAAUGCUAAACUACAAGGAAGUGAUUUUACCUGUUUCAAUUUCGGGAGUCAGUCAGAGGGAACAACUACACCGGGACUAAACUCCGAUAUUGACAGAUUAAUCAGCUUAAACGACAUCAACAUCAUGUCAUCCUGGUCUGAAUGGGAAGCCGGUAGGCAAAACAUGCUGAUGGUGAAGGAGGAAACGUGCUCUCCACAACAUUAUCUUCUACAGGUGAUUAGACCAGACUCACCUGAACCUUUCAUUCAUUCAAGUUAUGUAUUCCAUGUAGUUGACAGUAAGGGCCGUGUACUAUUUGUAAAUACAUUCUUUGGAAUUAUAGCACAACUGAUCUCAAUAAGAGAUAAUACACUUUACUACUCCAGUGGCCCCUCGCAUAGCCUUCUUAAAAUGUAUGACUUUGUGUACGCGUAUUGGUGCAGGUCACUUCCGCAAGAAUGCCAAGCUUGGUUUGAACGACCGAGGCCCGGCCACUGGCCGACACCGGAAAUGCUGAGAGACGUAAGGGAGUGUGGGUGUUUUCUUGUUCCUGAUGGAUACUUUGACAGCUAUUACAGACAUGUUGAAUGGAGAAUUUCUCCUAGUCUUAUUGAGAGAACACUGAUGUUUAGCAUGAAAACAGUACAGCUUAAAUGUUAUGUGGUUCUGAAGAUUCUAAAAUCACACGUAAUCAACCCUCUUUUAUAUAAUGAAGGAAAGUUGACAAGUUUUCAUUGCAAAACUGCCCUGCUUUUCGCCGCGGAAAGAUUGCCACCCAGAAUGUGGAGAGAAAAUCGCUUGAUGGAAUGUAUUGUGUAUUGUUUGAAAUUGUUGCUUGGUUGGACGAAAACCGGUAUGUGCCCUCACUUCAUUGUAGCAGGCGUGAAUCUUUUUCAUGGAAAAUUUACAAGUCGGCAGUUAGCAAAUCUUUCUAAGAUCCUUUCAAAUAUCAUUGACACUCACUUAAUAGUACUCGCGUACAUACAAGCAGACGAUUUAGGCAACCGGAUGUUCAGCACAAAUAUCAGAACUGUUCGCUACAGUGAAGGGUUACACAUAUCGACAAAAAAUAGUUUAUGUAGGUGGCUAAGUGUAAAUGCUCACUUCAACAUUUAUAAGGGUUUCCAGUUAAUUCUGUCUGAGACGUCUGAUUUCAUGUCUGAAGAUAUGAUUUCAUAUUUCGGCCUAUAUCUUACAACAGUACGUACAUAUGUUCAUGAGCUGCCGUUUCCAUUAAGAGUACAAUAUUUUGACUAUGUUUUUAGACAAGUGUUGAGCGUUUUUGCAUCCACUGCUGCAUCAUGUUGCAUACGGAAUGGUAGUGUUGUUCCUAGAAAUAUACUGUGUCUGUUCGAAAGUUCCUUAGAUACGGAUGUGGCGUCAUCAAGACUGAAGUUGGCUUCUUUUCUCGUCUGUCAUAAUGAGCUUGAAAGAGCAGCGGACGUUCUGAAUGAUGUUGAACGUAGAUAUGACGACAACGUACAAGCUGUAUGUGCAUGUGGAAAUAUGGAUCCUCUAGAUACAGAACAUCACAAACCACUGUGCACUACCAGUGUUGUUAAUAACGAUGACGUGUUAUUAACAAACAAAACGGCAUUAUGUGUUCGCUACUUGAGACAGGAGGCGUUCUGUGCUCCACCGAUAUUACACUACGAGAUGGUGAGAGGAUUAGGCGAGGAUAUCAAUCAUAGACACAUUGAUGAACGUUGGAUGAACUGGGCCGUUGUGGACUCACUGCCUUACCUCUACUACCUGCAGUACCUGACUUUCCGUGAUCUCGGCCAGCGAGGAAGACAACGUCAAGCUGUAUUGAACUUAGAUAACUGUUUUCUUGACGCCAACCGUCGUUCCCAUCUCUACCACCCUGAGACGUGUUUCAACCUGAUAGGGCACUGCAUGGAGAUGGGGGGCCUUCCGGAGUUGGCGUUACAACUGUACAGGGCAUCCGUCGAAGCGAUGCCUAGGAACAACGCGGCGCACUGGCAUAUUUACAGACUGAAUCGUGGCUACGAGAUUUAGAUUUAAACUUGAGAAAGCAUGUUUUAAUAUGUUUCAUUACUAUAUAUGCCAGUGAGUUUAUAUUAAUGAAAAUAAAUCAUGUUUUCAUUUAAUGGAUAAGGUUUUGUAUGAUUAUUAAAAAAUGUAUUUUUAUUAUUAUUAUUUUUUUAUUAUUAUUCUUUUAAUUGUUAUCAUUAUUAUUAUUAUAAUUAUUAUUAUUAUUAUCAUUAUUAUUAUUAUUAUUAUUAUUAU